AAGAUGAUAAUGACAGGUCUCAUGAUGACAGCUCUCCAUUACGUAUGGGUAUGUACUUGGUUGUAGUGGUGCGUUCAAAGAAUCGAAAUCUGUUUAUACCGGAAUUAAUUUGUAAUAAGACAAAACAAGGAAACAUAACAUAACAAACAAUUAAAAUGUUCAAUGAAUUAAUCUAUAUUUUCCAUUGAAUUUGGAGUUAUUUACAAAAUGAGUUCAUUGUGUAUUGUAGAAAGUUCAGCAUCAGUAACAAAAAAGGAUCAAAUUGUCUUAUGCAUGUUGGAAUAGUUUAAAAUAUAUAACUAUGCAGUCCGUCAUAAAGGGCAAAAUAAAUGUGAUUUUAUUGUCCAUCUUCAAUAGAGUCUAUUGAGAAGGUAGUUUUCCACACUAAAUAAUGAAUGACCACUAACAAUUAUCCAAAUCAGUUUGGAGGAAACCUGACAGUUCCGGACUUAUGAAAAACUUAAUAAUAGUAUGGAUUGUUCAAAGUAAUGCGAUUGUGGUUUCUGAUACCUUAUGUCCAGCAGAUCCACUCUGUAAAUGUACCCACUUUAAACAAACUAUGGAUUGUUCUCAUAGAAAUAUGACAGAAAUUCCUGCAUUACCAAAAUAUUUAACAGAAAUAAACUUCAGUGGAAAUACAAUCAAAGAAGUACCGGAUGAUGUCUUCUAUAACAACGGUAUGCUUGAAAUAUUGGACUUAUCGCACAACCUUAUUUCUAGUUUACAUCAAAGGUCAUUUUCAGGACUAGUGAGUCUUAAAAGACUACUUCUAAAUAAAAAUAAUAUAUCAGAUGUACAUUGCUAUACCUUGACUGCAUUGCAGAGCUUGAUUGAAUUGAACUUUAAAAUGAACCCUUAUGACUCAUUGGAUUUGAACUUAACGGGAAUUUCACUCAUUACAGCUAAAUUAGACUUUCGACAACCGAAUAAUUUGACCAGACAUUUUUGGAGCAUGCCGACUCUAAGGAAUAUGGAUGUAUCUGGUCUAACCGGUAUUUGUAAUGUUACAACGCUAAAAUCAGAAGUAUUCAAACUCUUGCCAAAACUUGAAACAAUAAAUCUGUCGGCAUGCUCUAUCAAUUAUAUUUAUAUAGGAACAUUUCGCAAAUUAAGCAACCUAAUCUAUCUAGAUGUGUCGUUAAACCGAUGUUUGAAGUUUUCGGGUCUAGAGAAUAUUACCAACGAUCUGCCAUAUACAUCAAUUAAAACAUUGAACAUAAACAAAAUUCAUCAAACUAAUGAAUUAACUACAGAAAUAUCAAUAAAACAUUUCCAGAAUUUCAAAAAUACAACCCUAGAAACUUUACACAUUGAAGGCAACAGAAUUCAACUUGUGGAAUCUGGAGCGCUUUUGUAUAUACCAAAUACAAUACGAAACGUUUUUGCGGCGGACAAUCAAUUUUCUUUCGGAGGAUAUAUCAAGGAUGUUCUGAAGACUUCGAUACACUUUGUAAAUGUAUCAAAUAUGUUUACACACCAUUAUCCUAUUGAAAAACCAGAAAUGUGUGAUUUUCCUGAAGACAGGUGUAUUCGAUCAGAAGAUGGACAUAAACGAUACUUGCAUUCGGUUGAAGAAGAACAGAACAAUAUUCCACCUUAUAUAUCGGUCCCUCCAAACAUGACAAAGGUUAUUUACAGAGGAUGUAAUUUACGAUUCGAAAUUCCUUUUCUCCUCAUAUCAAGCAAUAAAGUGAAGUUUAUUGACGCUAGCUUUAACAUGUUUUACUCGUGGAAAGGACCAGUGACGUCAUUCAACUACAUUGAGUACUUAGAUUUGUCGAACAAUUUUUGUACAAACGUAUCAAAUAAAUUUUUCUUGAGAGUUCCAAAUUUAAAAUAUCUUUACGUUCAAAGUAAUCUACUUGGAUUUGUCUUGCCGAAAGAUACCGAUGGCGCAAUACUACGAUAUGUUAAGAAGCUUCAAGUUAUUAAUUUAGCGAAUAAUAGAAUCCACCGGCUUCCAUUGAAGUUUUUUAAACAGCAAAGAUUGUUACGCAAGUUGAAUAUAAGUAACAAUAUGUUAGAAAAUAUCACAUUUGAUAUUCAUCAUAUGGAUCACUUGAUAUAUCUUGAUAUUUCAAAUAACAGACUGUCAUCUCUGCCUAAAUAUUUCCAGGAUCAGCUAAAAGAAAAAUUCAAUAAUCAGAAUGGGAAACUUAAAGUUGACAUUAGUGAAAAUGAUUUUCGAUGCGCUUGUGAUAACGUAGACUUCGUUCAAUGGGUUUUAACAUAUCAUACACACCUUAUCAAUUUACAUUCAAUUAAAUGCUAUCUUAAAAAUAGAACCAUAGUUAACAUGGGAGAAGCACAAUUUAUAUACGAUGUAUUAAAUAAGGAGUGUUCAUCGUAUCUCGCUCUGAUCAUGGGAAUUGCUAUACUAAUUGCCUCCUGUGGUUCAAUUGUUCUUUGGGGUAUGAUAUAUAGACAUAGGUGGAAGAUACGUUUUCUUUAUUACAUAAUCAAAAGUAAAUACCAUGGAACAAUAAAAACACCGAGCAGCAACGAUACUCGCGAAUAUAAAUACGAUACAUUCAUUUCCUACGCCGAAAAUGACUCAAAUUUUGUCCACAAUAAUCUUUUACAUCAACUUGAACGAGAUGGAGGACUAAAACUAUGCAUCCAUAAAAGGGACUUUAUUCCAGGAAACGAUAUUGCAGCUAAUAUUACGUCAUCUAUUCAUGUUAGUCGUAAAGUAAUCAUUGUUAUGUCAUGUCACUUUCUAGAAUCGUACUGGUGCAUGUUUGAAUACAACAUGGCAAGAAUGGAAAGUAUUUAUUCAAGAGAUAAAGAGAAUAUUUUAUUUCUGAUUUUCUUGGAACAAAUCCAACCUGGGCAGUUACCACUACAUAUUCUUGAGCUUGUACAAGAUCAAUCUUACAUUGAGUAUCCGAAUGAUGAAUAUGGCAACACCGUGUUUUGGGAAAAGCUAAGAGAAGUCCUUGUACGUUGAUAUUGGUACAGAUAAGAAGAUAUAACAGUUAUGGUUUUUCGAAGUUCUACACUCUCAGAACGAAAUUAGAAUUAAGUUAACUUUGAUUCCUUAAGGUUCUUAAUCUGUAAUAAACAACAUAUUCCAAACAU